AAAGAAACAAAAAAAAAGAGAAGAAAAAAAACCAAAGGAUGAAUGAGAGAGGAGGAAGAAAAAGGAAACAAAAAAAGGAUUAACGAUAAAACGAAAGAAGAAGAAUGUUAGAUGGAGGAGAUUCGUAGGAGGCUCGAUUAAGAGGGAAAAUUAUUUUUUGAGAAAUUUUUUAGGACGCUAUUAAUUAUCCUCUCAAAUUAUCCUCUCGCAUGCGCAUGAUCACAUUUGAUAAUAUUUAUAAUAAUAAUAAUAGUAAUAAUAAUAUUAAUAAUAAAAAAAAAAAAAAAAGAAAAAAAUAAUAAUAAUAAUAAAACUAUCGUAUACGAAGGAACAGGCAAUAGCGCUUCGUUACUACUCAUGGAGAAUAUAUGGAGUACACAUACAUAUAUAUAUAUAUGAUGUACAUAUAAGUACGUACUACUUACGUAUGUACGAUACAAUACGAACAGAGAUAUCGCAAGAGUCAGAUUCAGUUCCGUCGGGUAGUUUAUUGAUUUUUUUUACCUACUCCAACAAUGAUAGUCGGUUAGCAUUGUUACGUUGUGGAUAACCAAAGGCAAUCCUGGUACACGAGUAAUCGAAUGUGCAACAACAUUGCUCUCUUUUUUUAUACUGUAUUAUAUAAACACUGAAUAAUAAUAAUAAUAAUAAUAAUAAUAAUAAUAAUAAUAAUAAUAAUAAUAAUAAUAAUAAUAAUAAUAAUGAAUAAUUAAUAAUAAUAAUAAUAAUAAUAAUAAUAAUAAUAAUAAUAACAAUAAUAAUAAUUUGGUACGCGAGGAACGAGUGGAAAUAACAUUAACAGUGUUAAUGACUUUUCAUAUGUACAUUAAAUAUUAUGAAUAUUUUAAAAUAGAGAAAAUUUCGCUUUUGCGAUAUUCGAGAUAAUAUGAUAUUAAUCAAUGAUGAUAUGAUUACGGUGAAAUAACAAUUUCAAGAAUCGUUUGGUACCAGCGUAAAAUUCGAAUUCGAUUCGUACAAUUUAUCGUAACGCAGAAAAACGAGAGAGAGAGAGAGAGAGAGAGAGAGAGAGAGAAAGAGAGAAAGAGAGAGAGAGAGAAGAAGCUUGGAAACACAAGGGCAAACGCAAAUUAUAAAUAUAGCAUUGAGAACGGCUCGCACAGGAAACACGGAGAUAAAUGAGCAUAGACUGGAAAAAGAGCGGAUUCGACAGAGCGAAUAUAUUGGAUACCGGGGCACAUGGGGCAGAGGGACGAAUGAACAGCAUCCGGUUUUCUGAAUCACCGAGAUAUUCUUGAGGAAUACGUAAGGGACGAGUUUAAAUCUUCUUCGUUUAGAUCGUGAAAAUUCUGUUGUCUUUGUAUCUAUAUCGAACUAUGUAUAUACGUACGUCGACCUUUUCUAUGAUAUUAAAUGUACGAGUUUAAUUUUCAACUAUUUUCAAGUGCGAAGGGAGAGUAAGGGAAAAGAAAGAUAAAAAGGAUAACGAAAAGGGGAAAUAGGAGGAGAAGAGAAAAGAAAAGAAAAAAAAAAAGAAAAGAAAAGAAAAGAAAAGAAAAAAGAGAAGAAAGGGAAGAGAAGACAGGAUAAAAGGGAAGCUGGGGAACUGUAAACUUUCGAAUCUUGGAUUUUUCGGGAAUUUUUUUUAAGGAUAUACAUUUAAAAAGUUUUCAAAAAUUGUUAUCACUAUGAGGCAAUGCGUGGACGCUAUAUUGUUGCACGAGAGAGAAAAGAAAAAAAAAAAAGGAAAAAGAAAAAAAGAAAAAGAAAAAGAAGCAAGAGUAACGGCAAAAAGAUCGACCUUGAAAGUCCACCACCUUCUUCAGUGGACGAUCGCGUUCCGGAAAAGUGCAUUACUAUCGUUUAUUCGCACGUGCUUGACGUUCAUUCACAUCGUCUCCCUCCCGCCAAAUUCUCAAUACUUGUAGUAAACUCGUGUCACGAUUGGUCGGCAUUCACGCCACGCGUUAAUCGUGAUUGGCCGAGGCACGUUACCUCGCUCUUAAGUGAGCCGACACGUACGAACACGGCCGAACAAGGCCGAGAGAAACCGAAGCACAAGUCAGAACUCGUUGCUCGUAUACUCGCGACAGUUCGAACACAGAGCUUGCGCAGGAAGGUCUAUUCGACUGUUUUUUACAUGAACAUGGCGGUUUUGACGUACUCUCAACCGCUAGUUUUAAAUCACAAAGUGCACUUUACCGUUAACCAGACGUUCCUCGUUGUCCUAACAUACGUAUUUCUCAUACAAGGAGGUACAGGGAUACCAUUGAGUCAUCAUUAUGUGAAUGAUGCAGAACAAUAUGACUCUUCGAUCAAUGAUGAUAAUACAAAACCUUUGGAAAAAUUCUACUUAAUCACAGAACAAAGGUGGCACACAGAUACUGUGCUACCAAUCUCUUUAUUGCCGUCUACCGAGGGAAUGUCUGCUCGAUCUCAUCACAGGAUCCGGCAGUCCACGACGGGACUGGAUGAUGCUGGUAUGGAUUUACAAGCAGCUCAACUCAGUACCCGUACAGGUCAGGAGGUUCGCUCUACUGCUACUCUAUCAUGGCUAGAUUGGCAGUUGCCUCUUUUUGUAGCACUUUGCGCCAUUGCUGGUGCUAUUUUAUUUACAUUUCUGAUCUUGUUAUGGCUACGGAAACAAAUGUCGCGUGAAAAAGAUACAGAAGAUGGUGACAGGAGAGGUCUAGUAGAAGAAGGGGUGGUGAGCCGUACAGAUAAAACUGGUAAGAGUACUCAGAGUUCUGUUGAAGCGCAAUGGGUUCCUCAAUCAGUAACAAAACCAUCAGUAUCUACGCAGAAAGCAAAAGCUUCUAUGGUCACUUCUGGUUUACCAGAAAUAAUGGCUGUGGCUACACCAGAACGAAAAAUAGAGCCAAUUCGCAUAAAAACAAAAGGAUUAUUAGAACGGCGUGGUUCGAGUGCAAGUUUAACAAUAGAACUAGCAGCAGCGCCUGAAAGUCCACCCCAUAUGGUCACACCAACUCGCGAAUGUACAGCGGAAGAAUUUUUACUGAGUGCUGGAAAUGUCUUAUCUAGAACUCAAUUGAAAAAAGCAAUAAGUGAUCCCGCAUCUCUACAUAAAGAAUUUUGGGAAGUGCCAUUGAAUCUUCCUGAAAAAGUUGAUAUAUGCGGAGCUGGAAUAAAAAAUAGAUAUUGUACUGUAUUACCCAAUCCACAAUCUAGAGUGGUAUUACCUGGUUCUUCUGAUGAUCCGCUUUCUAGUUAUAUAAAUGCCAAUUAUAUCAGGGGACAUGAUGGAGAAGAUGCACGCUAUAUUGCAACACAAGGACCAUUAGCUAAUACAGUAGGAGAUUUCUGGAAAAUGGUUUGGGCAGAAAAAGUUCCUGUGAUUGUUAUGAUGACAAGAUUACACGAAGCUGCUAAAACAAAAUGUGACAUCUAUUUUCCUUUAGAUAAAAAUAAUCGUUUACAAGCUGGUCCUUUCACGAUUAUAGUUAACUCCAUUAAUAAUAAAGAUGGUUAUACUGUCAGAGAUUUGGAAAUUAGAUAUGAAAAAGAAAGACGCCACGUACAGCAUUACUGGUAUGAUUCAUGGCCAGAUCAUGCUGUACCUCAAGCAGCAGAUGCUCUUGUUAAUCUAGCUGCAGAAGUAAAUGCUUUAUCUGGGCCUGUAGUGGUACACUGUAGUGCAGGUAUUGGACGCACUGGAUGUUUUAUAGCAUUAGCAAUAGGAAUGACUCAACUCUUAAAAGAUGGUAAUGUUGAUGUACUAGGUAUUCUAUGUCAAAUGAGGUAUGACAGAGGAGGUAUGAUUCAAACUGCAGAACAGUAUGAAUUUGUUCAUCGAGCACUUUGUUUAUUUGAACAAACACUCGAUGGCAAAGUAUCUGUAUCAAGGGAAUAAAAUUGCUUUGAUUGAUUAUUAAAGAAGCAAGUACCGUAGCCUACAACUAUCCUAUUUCGUCCAGAUAUGCACUUCUGCCACAAAACAACAACAACAACAACAACAAAAUACUUUCAAACGAAUCUCAGUGUCAGUCUUGAGGUAAGGAAGGAGGUCUGAACUAUUUCAACACUUGGAUGAAUUUUGCCUCAUCUAAUAUGCUGCCAUUCUAUACUGCCAUGACAAAUCGUUAACAAUUGAUAUGAGUCACGUAAAAAUUUCUCAAAUAUUUAUCACUUGAUCAUCUAUCUUACUAAAAAAGAAAAGCAUUUUUUAUGCCAAAUUAAAAAUCAAAGUAAAAGUCAUCUUGAUGAACAAGUACUGAUUAUGUGGAACAUAUUUGUACAAAAAAAAAUGCGGUUGAAUAACUUAACAUCAUGACCUUUUACUGUAACAAUUUAAAUAUUACAAUCUCAUAGAAAUGCCCACUAUUUGCCAGAGAUAACAUAUUUAUUUUCUUUUUGAUUUUUAUGGGGUUGUUGCAUUUUUUAAUUCACAUAUUAAUUAUAUACAUUCCGUAUGUGGCACAAAAUAUAUAAGUUUUUGUAGGUUUGACGAAAAAAGAAAAAAAGAAAAACCAACAAAAAAAGAAAACAAGUGUGAAGUGAAAAUUAUCACUACUUCACCUUAUACUCUCAAAUAUGAAGUAGUCCUUCUUUAGCUCUUCAAUGCUAUAAAACAAAAUAACUGAACUGCCCUGACAUGCAGAUUUCAGGGAUUAAUUAUAACUGUUUUAUUGGACUAUGAAUGAUUGAAAUUUGAAUGAUAGAAAAUGAAUGACGAAGAAUUUGGGACCCAUGUCAUAUAAACGCUCUUAUCCUAUUUGUAGUUCCUAGUUGAUUUUGAAGUUUGAUGUUUAAAACAUGGACUAUGAUUUUCAUGAUCUUUAUUUAACUUACAAGCAAAGACUGAAUGUAAAGAGUACAAUAUGACUAUUAGUUCAAUAUGUAGUAAAAAUUUUGAAAACUUCACAAAUCAAAUUUUAAACUAAUACAGUUCAGUAGUUUAAAAUAAUAUUAUUUAAAUAUUCUAGAUUAUAAACAGUACUUUUUAUUUCGAUAAUAUUUAAAAUCUCUUCAUUACGAAGAAAAAAAAAGAAAAAAAGAAAAGAAAAAGCAAAAUAAAACUCUUACUAUUAUAUCUACCAAUGUAUAUAUAGAUUUAGUUAUUUAUUCCGUUUGUUGCUUCACAUGCCAAUCAAUAUUUAAUAAUAAUAAUAAUAAUAAUAAUAAUGGGUGAAUGUGUGUAACUUUAUAUGGCAAUUAAUGUGAAAAUAUCGGACAUAUGAAUGUCUUUGUGUACAAUUAACUCUUGUUUGUAACAAGGAUUAAUAUUUAGCUGACAAUAAAUGUGAUUUACGUUACUCCAUUUUUUGGUGGCACGAAUUGCAAUAAACGGUUUAUGGUAAAAUAUUUAAAUUUCAUUUCAAAAGAUCUUAAAAGUGUGUACAUUAUUUUGCAUUGUCGGUAAAUUAUAUACAAUAUAUAUACACACGCAUAAAAUAUAUCAUAAAAUCAAUAUAUAUAUAUACAUACAUACAUACAUAUAUAUAUAUAUAUAUAUAUAUGUAUAUAUAUAUAUAUGUGUAUGUAUGUAUGUAUGUAUAUAUAUAUUUAUAUUUAAAACAUAUAAAUAAUGAUUGCAUUAAUUUUUAAAUGAUAUAAAACACAUUCUUUUGUAUGUAUAUUAUUUCUAAAUUGAUAUGUACAGAUUAUCUCUUCAGUAAAUUAUUGAAUUCCUGCUAUAUAUUUCUAUAUUAUAUUUAUUUUUAUUGAAAAUUCUGAAUAAUAUUUACCUAAUCGUUACAUAUUACAAUUCCAGCGUUUUAUGCGUCUAGUAAUAUAUUUAAUUAAAAUAUUUGUCAAAUACAUAUACAAUUUUUUAAUUUGCAGUUAUUCUAUAGAGGAAAAAUUGUCCCUUUUUUCUUUUUAUAUAAUAAUCAAAAUCUUCCCAUUUACCUCAUAACAGCGUGUUAACAGUAUUUGCUUUAAUUUAUGCUAUUCUUCCAGAUUAUUCAUAAUUAUUAUUAUUCCUCGAAAUUUAUAAUUCUAGAAUAAAAGUUUGAAUGUACGAAGAGAAAGAGAUUGUGAUAUAUACAUAUAUAUAUGUAUAUUGUACAUACAUUGUACAGAGAGCAAAAAAUAUAUUUAAGAGAGUAUUUGUUUAAGCAAAACGAGAGUAUAUAAAUUAUUUAUGUCUGUGCAAAGUCGCAUAUGACUAACUAAUUGUAUCAAGAAUAUAACAAUAAUUAUAAUUUAGCAGCCCCUUGGUGUUCAAUUGUACUUAUGUGACGUAAUAAAUGUUUAUAGUAUCCAUGGA